UCUUUCUCGUGGAUUUUCAUCCGAAACAAUCGCUCCCGAGAAAAUUCAGUCCUCUCGUUUUCCUCACUUCAAGUACCCGUCGUCUCUCUCAUUUCCCAUUUCUGUCGAGCUCCUUCAUCUCUCCCUCUCUCUCUCUCCGAAAUUUGAAUCUGAAGUGUAUUCAAUCAGUUCUCUGAUCUGAUGGCACGUUACGAUCCUAAUCCAUUUGAGGAAGAGGAGGUCAAUCCAUUCGCGAAUGCUAGAAGUGUUCCUCCUGCAAACUCCUAUCUUAAGCCACUCCCACCGGAACCGUAUGAUCGCAGUGCUACUGUCGAUAUCCCUCUAGAUUCCGGAAAGGAUCUUCGAGCUCGAGAGAAAGAACUCCAAGCUAAGGAAGCUGAACUAAAGAGGAGGGAACAGGAACUUAAGCGAAAAGAAGACGCGAUAGCGAGAUCUGGGAUUGUCAUCGAACAAAAAAACUGGCCGGAGUUCUUCCCUCUCAUUCACCACGACAUUCCGAACGAGAUACCAGUUCACUUACAGAAGAUCCAGUAUGUCGCCUUCACCACAUUGUUAGGUUUGGUAGGAUGUCUCUUGUGGAACUUUGUCGCUGUUACUACAGCGUGGAUCAAGGGAGAAGGUCCAACGAUAUGGCUUCUCUCCAGCAUCUAUUUCAUUUCCGGCAUCCCUGGAGCUUACGUGUGUUGGUACCGUCCUCUUUACCGAGCCACAAGGACUGAUAGUGCCCUCAAGUUUGGAACGUUCUUCUUCUUCUAUUCGAUUCAUAUCGGAUUCUGCGUGUUUGCUGCGGUUGCUCCUCCUAUCAUCUUCGAAGGGAAAUCUCUUGCAGGUGUGUUGCCGGCGAUAGAACUCCUGACUAGUAAUGUCGUGGUUGGGAUUCUCUAUUUCAUUGGAGCCGGUUUCUUCUGCAUCGAAUCGCUUCUCAGUAUAUGGGUCAUUCAGCAAGUGUACGCAUACUUCCGAGGCAGCGGAAAAGGCGCAGAGAUGAAGCAGGAAGCUACGAGGGCGACACUGAUGCAUGCACUAUGAGACAAUGUCCUCUUGAAGGCUCGUCAAUGGCGAUUGAGGUUGUAAAGAUCUCAAAAUCAAACCAGGAGACUCUAAUAAGCACUUAGUUCUUUCUUUGUCCAAAACUCGUAGGCGGCUAAAUUUUUUUCAACAAACGCAUAUAGGAGGAGACAGCUGAGUUACGUCAUGAAGGUCUAUACUGACAACUGUAUGUAAAGGAGGCCACAUACACAAAAUUGUGUACUUUAAUGUUGUUGUCCAACCAAUUUAUGUAUGAAUGAUAAAGAUUUGAGCUAUGAAGAAUUAGUUUUUUUUGGUAUCAAAGUGCUGUUUACUU